AUGUCAGCAGUUCUGAAUGCUUUUCUCUUUCGCCCGCCUGGCGAUGAGGCGGCUGACUGCAACUCGAUGCGCAGCUCAAACGAUGGCACCGCGAUACUCUACGCACAGCACCCGCACUCCGAGGCCCGCUAUCUGUUAUCUCGUAUAAGUGGUACAACACCUGCUCCUAGAGCAGUAUGUUUCGACAAAUCGACUCUCGCCGCGAGUAUCGCGCCUAGUGCACCUUCUGUCGCACCUCUCGGCUUGAGAGCUGCGCCGCCUACAUACAAGGAUACGAUAAAGAGCAACAUCAAAAGGGCUCUUUGUAAGGAGGAUGCGGACACUGCUUCACUCACGGGAGCAGCGUUUCCGUCAUCCCUCUUACAAACUGCUGGUAGCAGAGCUCUUAUUGGCAGCAGCAUCAUCAUCGGGCUCACAAGGACGCUCUAUCGUAUAACGAAGGAUCGUCGUGCAGACGUCCUUUCAGAGGCUGUAUACUCAGUCUCGUCAUCUGUUUCUGUCAAGUGCAUUUCCCCUAUACCCCAAGCUGCAGUCUCACUCACGGAGACGCUUCUCUUUCCUUCGUCCAUUCAUUACACCGAUUUUCAUGCCCUAGCUGUAGUUCCUCCCACGGGAACAACUCCUCUAUUCUACCCACCGCCCCCACCUGAAUCUGAACCGUACAACACCGGACAAACCCAAUAG